UUGUGUACAUGCUAAUUAAACGAAUUCGGAUAACAAUAUUACUGCUAUUAUUGUGGCUAACUUGGGAUGUGGGGUUGGACGUUCCGUCUGUUUAUAAACUGUUAAAAAAUACAGUUUGAGCUGCUGGAAGAAAACCAGCUUCAAAAUUUAGACAGCAGAUGCACUAACCGAGUGAUAUUUGUCAUUCUGCACACGCAGCCUCCACAUAUCUGAGUGACAUUAAUGUUAUACAGAAAUGUUUUGCAGGUUUAUCCAGCUGCGGAUAGUGUGGUAGGAUCUCUCCAUAUGGCACAGACAGAGAGGAGAGAUGCUCCUGAGCUGCCCGAUUUCUCUCUGCUCAAAAGACUGGCCAGAGAUCAGCUCAUCUUCCUGCUAGAACAGUUGCCAGGGAAGAAGGAUUUAUUCAUUGAUGCAGAUUUAAUGAGCCCUCUUGAUCGAAUAGCAAAUGUCACAAUCUUGAAGCAACAUGAAGUUGACAAAUUGUACAAGGUUGAACUCAAGCAAAUUGUCAGCAAUUCAGACCAGCUGUGCUUCCUGAUACGUCCUCGAAUACUAACUGUGAAGUGGAUUUCAGAGUUAGUCAAUUCAGAUAAGGCGGCUGGGAGAUUUAGAAGAUAUAAGAUUAUAUUUACUCCACAAAAGUUUUAUGCCUGUGAGAUGGUUUUGGAGGAGCAGGGAGUCUAUGGAGAUGUGACAACCGAUGAGUGGAAUUUCUACAUUCUUCCUCUGGAUGAUGAUAUCCUGAGUUUAGAGCUGCCUGAAUUCUUCAGAGAUAACUUUCUGGAGGGAGACCAACGCUGGGUGACCACUGGAGGAAGUGCUCUACAUCUGUUACAGUCUGUCUAUGGUUCCUUCUCAAAGUUUUAUGGGAUUGGUAGAUGUGCCAAGAUGGUGUAUGAAUCCUGGAGAGAGCUAAUGGAGGAGGGGGAACAGAGAACAAAGCAACCUGAAUUCGCUAAAGUCUUUCUUAUUGACAGAGAUGUGGAUUUUGUUACUCCUCUCUGCUCUCAAGUUGUUUAUGAGGGAUUGGUUGAUGACAUUUUUAGAAUAAAAUGUGGCAGUGUAGAGUUUGGGCCUGAAGUCACUUCCUCUGACAAGAGUAUCAAAGUGAUGCUUAACUCUCAAGAUAAAGUGUUCAAUGAAAUAAGGAACGAGCAUUUCUCUAAUGUGUUUGGCUUUUUAAGUCAGAAGGCCAAAAAUCUUCAAACAGCAUAUGAUAAACGGCGUGGGAUGGACAUCCAGCAGAUGAAGGCGUUUGUUGCAGAUGAACUGAAAGGCCUGAAACAGGAACAUCGUCUUCUCAGUCUUCAUAUUGGUGCAAGUGAAUCCAUGAUGAAGAAGAAAACAAAGCAAGACUUCCAGGAAUUGUUGAAGACUGAACAUUCUUUACUUGAAGGCUUUGAGGUCCGUGAAUGUAUCACCUGCAUUGAAGAACAUAUCAACAGACAGGUGUCAAUGAUUGACAGCCUUAGACUCCUUUGCCUGUUGUCCAUCACAGAAAACGGGCUUCUGUCCAAAGAUUAUCGAUCACUUAAAGCUCAGUACCUUCAGAGUUAUGGUAUACAGCACCUGCUGACGUUUGCAAACCUGAAGCAGCUGGGUCUGCUGCAAGAACAGCAAACCGGAGAAACACUGACAGUCAUGGAGAGUAAAGUAGGGAAACUUGUCAAUGACAAGACUGCAGGGAAGCUGACUGAUGCUUUCUCCUCACUGGCUAAGAAGAGCAAUUUUCGAGCUCUGAGUAAAAAACUGGCUCUGGUACCAAAGUCCGGGGAGGAAUAUGAUCUUCGCGUUCCACGAGACAUGGCAUAUGUUUUUAGUGGUGCUUAUAUUCCUCUAAGCUGCAAACUUAUUGAACAGGUGCUGGAGAGAGAUGGUUGGACCGGUCUGGAGGAAGUCACCCGCAUGCUAAAUGGACAGGAAUUUGCUGUAACAGCAGGUGGCAGUAGUAGUUCAGAAGCCAGAAACAAAACUGAUGCUCAAAGGAUUGUUCUAGUGAUGUUCCUUGGUGGCUGCACCUUCUCUGAGAUCUCUGCGCUCCGGUUCCUUGGCAAGGAAAGAGGUUGCAGAUUCAUAGUGAUCACUACAGCCAUCACAAACAGUGCCCGGCUUCUGGAAGCAUUACUGGAUAGCCAUUCUUGAGUCUGUCACAGCAUUCCACAAGAGGACACUUUAUGACCAAUCCUAAGAAAGCAAAAAGGACAGAAUAUGUACUAAUCACCCUGGACAGCUACAUCUCCCAAAAACAAAUGGACUGUUAGAGGGGAUGACAAUAAGAUGUGUUCGGUCUUAAAGGGGUAGUUCACCCAAAAAGGAAAACUCUGUCAUCAUUCACUCACUUUUAUGUUGUUUUAAAUCUAUAUGACUUCCAUUUUUCUCUGCAGAACAUAAUAGAAGAUAUUUUGAAGAUUGUUCAUAACCAAACAGCUUUGGUUAUGAGCAAACAAACAAACAAACAAACAAAAGGCUUUUUAAAAAAAAAAAUGUUUCACAGAAAAAAGGAAAGUUGAAUAAAUGAAGACAGAAUUGUCAUUUUGGGUAAACUAUCCCUUUAAUCGUCAGUGCAGGUGCCAUCUGAAUUUAUGAAUGGACAAGUGGCAAACACAGGAUACAAAUUUGCACUUUAUAAUAUUUUUCUGAAUAGAAAAAAAAAACCUUCAGAGUGUGGCAAGAACUGUAUUAACUGAUUUAAGACUGAACAAUAAAGAGUUACUGGUGUCA